AUGUGUUCCAUCGGCGUCGAAGAUGUCUUUGGCCCGACUGUGGCCUCGACCUGUCGCAAUGGGUUUGACUUCACCCUGUUGUUCGAAGAGGCUUUCUUCGUGAUUGCUCCCUGCAGCCUCCUUCUCUUGUCUCUGCCGUUCCUCUUGUACAGACUGAGAGGUCAGCGGUUUCAGGGAUCUUCUGGGCUUUCUCUCUACAUCAAGCUGUCAAGCCAUUUACUAUCCACUGCCAUCAAACUCGCCCUCCUCAUCCUCCUUGUCGUGCCUAGUCUCGAAAUCCCCAAGACCCGAGCCACAGUCGCUGCAGCUGCCAUCUCCAUCGCCGCCUCCCUCGCCGCGCUCGCCCUCUCAUACCGGCAGCACCGCCGGUCGCCGCGCCCAUCGACUCUCCUAACCCUCUUCCUAGGCUCAUGCAUCCCGCUGGACGCAGUCCGCGCUCGAACAAUCUACGCAGUCCAGCCCCGCACGUACUUCAUCGUGUUCGUCGUCGGUCUCGCAUGCGACUCCGCCAAAUUCAUCCUAGAAUGCCUCGAAAAGACCGGCUCCGGCGAUGCGAAUCCCCUCCCCGGCGAGGCCACGGGCAACGUCUUCAACCGGAAUUUCUACUGGUGGCUCAACCCGCUGCUGCUGCGCGGGUUCAGGGAGGUGCUGGCGGUCGAGAAACUGGCUGCGAUCGAUGACCGCGUGAACAGCGAGUCUGAUGCGGAGCGGUUCGCGAGGAAGUGGGAUGCCGGUAUGCAAGCCACCAUUCGCAUCCCAAUCUUUCAGUCGAUCGCUGAUGAAUUGCGUACCGUAGUAAGGGAGAAGUCUCCCCCGUCGCUGAUCCUCCUCCUCCUCACGCACCACCGCAGCGCCUUCCUCGCCGCCGUCCUCCCCCGCCUCGCCUUGACCGGCUUCACUUUCGCACAGCCCUUCCUCCUCACCCGCAUAAUCGCCUAUAUCUCCGAGCCCGCGACGGCCCUCACAACAUCCUACGGGACAGGCCUGAUCCUCGCAACGGUGCUCAUCUACCUCGGCCUCGCCAUCACCCGCGCAACUAGCCAGCACAAGACGUACCGCCUUAUCACCAUGACCCGAGGCAGCCUCGUGCCGCUCAUGUACAGCCAGACGCUGCGCCUCGAUAUUAGCUUCGUGCGCGACUCGGCCGCGCUCACGCUUAUGAGCGUCGACAUUGAGCGCGUUGCUUCGGGGCUGCGGAAUCUGCAUGAGGUCUGGGCGAGUCCGGUCGAUGUGGCCCUCGCGCUGUGGUUGUUGACGAGGCAGCUGGGCGUUGCGGCUGUAGCGCCGGCGGGGGUUUUCGUUAUAUGCAGCGUCCUUGGCCUCGGUGUCGCGAGCACCAUGGGCGCUCGGCAGCGGCGCUGGCUCGAGGCCAUCCAGGAGCGCGUCCAGGUGACGUCGGACAUGCUCAAGAGCAUGAAGGAGAUCCGGCUAGGCGGGCUGCAGGGGCCCAUGGCGUCGAAGCUGGAGGGUCUGCGGACGGUUGAGAUCUCGCAGUCGCGGCCGUUCAAGAAGGCGUUGGUUGCGAUUGUCACGUUGUCAUUCACUACUGCUGCUUCCGGCCCUUUGCUUGCGUUCACCAUGUACACACUCCUGGCCAUCCGGAACGGAACGCCUGUCCUGAACUACGACAAGGCGUAUACAUCCUUGUCGUUGCUCGCCCUCCUCCAGACGCCCAUGGCGCUGAUCCUCGAUGCCAUCGCGGGCGUCGUCACUGCCAUCGGCGCACUGCAGCGUAUCGGCGAGUACCUAUCUCGAUCGACGUCAGAUGUUCCGGGUCUGCCGGAUGUGAGGCCAGGAGAAGACAAACAAGCAACGUCCACAGAAUCAACGUCCACGGUGGCAGUAGACGCCAUGGAUCUCGAGAAGCCCAAGAUUCCAGAGACGGGGACGGACACGGGCGCAAUCAUCCGUCUCGCAAACUUCAGCGCCGGCUGGAGCCCCGUGGACCAGAAACCCUUUAUCCUCAAGAACCUAACCCUCGAUAUCCCUCCGCACAGUACAACAUUCAUCCUCGGCCCCGUUGCCAGCGGCAAGAGCACACUCCUCCACGCGAUUCUGCGGGAAACGCCGUAUACUGAGGGAACUUUGCACGUAUCCCCGCAUAUCACGCGCAUCGCGUUCUGCGCGCAGACGCCGUGGAUCAGCAACGACACCAUCCGCGCGAAUAUCCUCGGAACAAAUCUCUUCGUGCAGGCGUGGUACGACCGCGUCGUUGAGGCCGUCGCACUGCGCGAGGAUAUCAGGGCGUUUGAGCACGGCGACCAAACGGUUGUCGGGGGCGGGGGUGUUUCGCUUAGUGGGGGGCAGCGGGCGCGGUUGGGCAUUGCAAGAGCAGUCUACGCGAAGGAAAAGCUCCUCCUGCUGGACGAUGUGUUCAGCGGACUGGACGCGAAGACCGAGGAGCGCGUCUUCCACAACCUGUUCGGGUGGAAUGGGCUGCUGAAGGAGACGGGGACAACGGCUGUGUUGGCGACGAAUGCUGUCCACCGCAUCGCGUACGCAGACAGCAUUAUCCUGCUCAGCAGCGAGGGGCGGCGCAUACACAAGGAGGAGACGGCCGCAGAAGAGAUCAUGCUGGAACGUCCGACGGAUGCAUCCAUCGGCAAGAGCGAAGUCUCCAAAGCCACAGUGGAAGGGGCUCGGCCGGCAUCUCUGAUCGAGACUCCACAGGGCAGUGAACGGCGCACCGGCGAUAUGACGGUGUACAAGUACUAUAUCCAAGCAGUCCACCCCUGGAAUGCGGUGAUAUUCAUCGUGACUUGUGCCUUGUUUGUGAUUGGACUCAGCCUGCCUCAAUUCGUGGUGAGAUGGUGGCUCCAGACAAGCGACGAGUAUACCGUCUCCCACCGGGCGCAGUAUCUGGGCAUCUACGCUGCCCUGGCUGGUCUGGCCGUCCUCUCGCUUGCCGUCAGCGCUUGGCAACUCACAGAGCGCAUGCUUGCCAGGGCCUCAACGCACUUCCACAGCACCCUGCUCAGCACCAUCCUCCGCGCCCCCCUCUCUCUCUUCUCAACAACCGACACCGGCACCAUCAUCAACCGCUUCGCGCAGGACCUGCAGCUCGCAGACAUGGAGCUCCCUCUCGCGCUCUUCAACACGACCGUCGAACUACUCCAGUGCAUCGCGCAGCUGAUCAUCAUCGCCGUAGCCUCAAAGUACAUCGGGAUCGCCCUCCCAGCCCUGCUGCUGGUCUUCUGGCUCGUGCAAAAGUUCUACCUCCGCACCGCGCGCCAACUCCGUCUCCUCGACAUCGAAGCCAAAGCUCCGCUCUUCAGCCGCUUCCUCGAGAUCCUCUCGGGCCUCGUCACGAUCCGCGCGUUCGGGUGGCAGGCGGACUUCGAGGCCCGGAAUCGGGCUGCGUUUGACGCGUCGCAGAAGCCGUUCUACCUGCUGUUCUGUGUGCAGCGGUGGCUGAAUCUGGUGCUGGACUUGGUGGUCGCGGGGAUUGCGGUCAUGGUUGUUGCUGUGGGGGUUAGGGUGAGGGAUGGCGUCGAUGCUGGCUUUCUGGGCAUUGCGUUGGUGAAUAUUGUCCAGUUUAGUAUCAGUAUCAAGGCGCUGCUGUCGAACUGGACGCAGCUGGAGAUUUCGAUUGGUGCGGUGGCGAGGAUUAGGUCGUUUGCGAGGGAUACGGACAGCAUGGCUCAGGAACAGGGAGGCGACGGGGAGCUUUCGCCAUCGUGGCCAGAAAGGGGACACAUAGAGUUCCGUCAUGUCACGGCGUCAUACGAGGGCUCGGCUCAGAGCGUCAUCAGGGAUUUGAAUCUGACGAUCGAGCACGGGCAGAAGAUUGCGCUGUGCGGGCGCAGUGGAAGUGGAAAAUCCUCCCUCGUCUCGGCCCUCUUCCGCAUGCUAGACAUCACACAAGGCAGCAUCCUGAUCGACGGCCACGACAUCACCAGCAUCCCCCGCGAAACCCUCGCGACGCGCCUCGUCUGCGUCACCCAAACGCCCUACCUCCUUCCAGGCACAAUCCAAACCAACAUCGACCCCUUCAACACCUCCACCCCAUCCGCCCUCACCCAGGUCCUGCAGCAAGUCCACCUCUGGGAAACCGUGCAGGCCCUCGGCGGGAUCAGCGCCACCAUACGAGACGACCACCUCAGCCUCGGCCAGAAGCAGCUCCUCUGUCUGGCGCGGGCGAUGGUGCGGACUAGCUGCAUUCUCAUCCUCGACGAGGUCACGGCGAGCGUUGAUGGUGAGACGGAUGCGCUGGUGCAGGGGAUUAUCAGGACGCAUUUUGCGGACCGCACGGUUGUCACUGUUGCGCAUCGGAUCGAGACGAUUUUGGAUGCGGAUCUCGUGGCUGUUUUGGAGGAGGGCGUUGUUGUGGAGGUGGGCUCUCCGGGGAGUUUGCUGGAGAAGGAGUAUAGCUCGUUUAGAGGGUUGCAUAAUGCUAGUAGGGGGUCUUUGAGAGUGUAG